AUGGUAACAUAUAGUUUCUCUACAAAACUAUCCAAGGAUUAUGUUUCAUUUUAUGAAAACGGAAAAGAAUGUGCUGACGUUAUAAUUCGAGCAGGGAGAGAAGGGAGCGUUGAAGAAUUUUAUGCGCAUUCGUUCGUACUUUUAAUUCGUUCGAUUUACUUUCGUAAAGAAUUAGAGGGGGUUAAAGAAAAGAAUGCCGAUAAUAAAAUCAUUAUUGAAAAGCCUGAUAUUAAUCCAAAAUUAUUUGAUAAAAUCCUCAGCUCAGCUUCUCCACCACCCGCUGCUGAAAAUUUUAAAGAGACGGCGGAUGUUACAUUGUGGACGAGAGAUAAAUUUAGAGAUUUGUCAAAUACUCUUAAGCAAUUUAUUCCAUUAAUUGACUUUUAUAAGAUCAAACCAGAAGACUUUUAUGAGAAAGUUAAACCAUUUAAGAAAAUUAUCGAAAAACCGCUUUUUGAAGAUAUCCUCAAAUAUCACAUAGUAUCCUCCAAAAAUUUGGAUUCAAAAUUUACAUCACAGCCUACAUCAUCUCCUACAUCUACAGCUUCUUCACCACAAAAAGAUAGACCGGAACCGAUAUUUAAUAUUAGAUUAAAUUCAAUAUUAGAUUUAGAUCAUUUCCGAUUGACAAAUGAAUGUUUUGUAUUUAAAUUAAAUAAGCAAGCUAAUAAGUCAAUUAUAGGUAGACCUAGACCAGGCAGUUCGGGUAUGGUUGGAAAUAUCCCUAACCAUGGUCCUUCUUUUAAUGGUGCUUUGUAUCUUAAGGGAGAUUUUGGCAGAGAAUAUGGAUCUAUUUGUAAAGGUAAUGCUUAUACCGUUCAUAUCAGAGACAUACAAGCUCCAUUCCUCGUAGAAGAGCUCGAAGUUUAUCAAGUAAUCAAAGAAGUCCAUGGAUCAAAUCCUUAA